AUAGAUGUUCGUCAUCACGCCGCGACCCUGAGGGAGGGCUGGUGGAGAGCACGUUGAUGCACCGGAGCUCCGGCAGUUCAGGAGGAAAGAAAAGGGAGAAAAGGGCAGCUCCUUCUCCUCGGAACCCCUUCUGCUUCUGCUCUGCACGCCUUCCAACGAAUUACAUCAGGGAGUCGCCGGUGAAGCCGCAUCAGCUUCUACGAGCUCACGAUGUCAGUCACGGAGAUGUUCAGCUACAUCCAGGGCUUUUUAAGUGCCGACCAAGAUGUUCGAGAGGACAUAAGGAAGGUUGUCCAAGUGCUGGAGCAGACCGCGAGGGAGAUACUGACUGUUCUUCAAAGCGUCCAUCAGCCAACUGGUUUCAAAGACAUUCCCAGCAAGUGCCUCAAGGCCAGAGAACUGUUUUCCACAGUUCAAACCCAAAUCGGUGAGCUGAAAACAAAGUUUCCAGUGGAACAGUACUACAGAUUUCACGAACACUGGAGGUUUGUUCUUCAGCGCCUCACCUUUCUCGCAGCUUUUGUGGUCUAUUUGGAGAGUGAGUCCUUGGUGACGCGAGAGGAAGUGGCUAAAAUACUUGGAACUGAAGUUGACAGAGAAAAGGGCUUUCAUUUGGACAUUGAAGAUUAUCUAGCAGGAAUUCUUAUUAUGGCCAGUGAACUGUCAAGAUUGGCAGUCAAUAGUGUGACAGCUGGAGACUAUGGGCGUCCCCUCCGUAUCUCCAAUUUUAUCAAUGAACUUGAUUCUGGGUUUCGCUUGCUCAAUCUGAAAAACGACCCUCUGCGUAAACGCUAUGAUGGCCUCAAGUACGAUGUCAAGAAGAUCGAGGAGGUGGUGUAUGACCUGUCUAUCCGUGGCCUUGCCAAGGAGCCAGAGGCUGGGGGAGAUAAGUAGAGGCAGUAGGGGAACGGAAGAGGCCGCGGGGCACAACCCUGGCCGGAAUUCUCCAUGACUGAGAGAAUGGAGACUUAACCUGCCAGUGGGCAGGUGGGUGGAGGAAGAGAAGAGGGGAUGGAGGUAUUGAAGCCCCAGAAGCCUUUGACAGUGGUGUGUAUUUUGAAGCCACCUGUCUGACCGGGUGGAAAGCUGUUUAGAACUGUUAAAAAAGGGGAGAUGUUCAGUUUCUCACCACUAUUGAGCGAAGUUUACUUUUGUACAGUUCACCUGUAUGUUUGGUUGGAUGUGCCAUUUUGCUGUUCUUAUUGUUUUGUGUUGGUUAUCACACUUGUGAAUCAUUGUACAGUCAAACAUCUGAUAUGGAGGGAGUUAUUAUUACUAUGGUUAUUGAUUUAUGAAUACAUAAGGAAUAAUUUGACA